CACAAAGCUCCUGUCAGAUAUACACAGUUUCUUCACGACAUCUUUACCUUUCUUAAUAAAUUCAUCCACUGUACUGCUUGGUCGCAUUAGAGGCAUUAUCAACAUUCCUUCCAUCACACCGCUGCUUGCUACCCCGAGUUUGGCGUUCCUGCUUAUCUCAGUCCCGCAUCCCCGACCACUGGUUUAUCGUGCGCACGGAUCUCCGGAAUCUAUCAGCGCUCGCAUUUUUUGCACUUAGCGAGAAUUUCACAAGCUUGACUCCUUUCGCAUCAUAGAGAUAUAUCCACCGCUUCCCCACCACCACCAGCCUCGACGGCAUCGACAUUACAUCUAGAAUCAGUUCUCGAACCCAGAACACGCCGACGCGUACGAAGAUAAUUUUUCCGACGUAAUAUAGAGCAUACGGAUAAACGACACACGACCGUCAUAAUGAAGUACUUUCAGCAAUCACUCAACUUCGACUACUCAUGGGAGGAAGUCUCGACAAGUAACUGGCAGAAAUAUGGGCCCUGGAACGAGAAAACACCACACGUCAUCGCCGUCGACACACUGAGCCGAACCGUCGACGCGCAAACAGGAAUCAUGCGCACAGAACGUCUAAUAACCUGCCAGCAAUCGACGCCAAAAUGGAUAAACUCCAUCCUCGGCGGCACAGACGUAUCCAUGGUCUACGAAACCUCCUACGUCGACCCCGUCGCCAAGAAACUCACAAUGUGCUCCAUGAACGUCACCAUGGCGGACCUCAUGGCCGUCCGCGAAACCUGCACAUAUACACCCAACCCCGCCUCGCCAUCAGACAAGACAAGUUUCACGCAAAGAGCUGAAAUCACCGCCCUGUGCGGCGGCUGGCAGAAAAUCAAAAACAGCAUCGAGCAGUUCACCGUUGAGCGCUUCCAGCAGAACGCCGUGCGCGGAAAGGAGGGCUUCGAGAUGGUGCUUGAGCGCGCGCGACAGGUCUUUCAGGAGCAGAGGGAGCUGCUGCAAUUGCAGCAGGACAGCCAGAUUUUGAGGCAGGUCAAGAUCUGAGGGGGUCCUCGUCUACACUACUCUCCUCCAUUCGAACAUGGGAUAUCGGCAUCGACAUCGAGCAUCUCGGUACUCAUGCUUGUCUCCAUCCGUCCGGUUUUGGGAGGUUUCUUGAAAAAAGUCGAUUACUUACAUGGGGCGUUACGAAAAGCAAAGAUUUUUGCCGGCGUUGUAAAUACCCCUUCUCUGUCCGAGUAGAUGGUCACUCGAGACGUUUAGAUACAUGAUAGACACGGCCGCUGAUAGAUAGAUUAACUAUAUACAUAUUUCACUC